AAUUGAUCUAAAAAAACACAACUAAACUAUACACCACUUCAAUCUAUCACCGUUACAGUUUUGAUUUGUAUUGGAUGAGCUCAGUUUUGGCAAUAUCUCUUUGAUUCCGAUCGUCUUGUGAAUUAGGGUUUCACAUUCACGAUGGGUACCCCCCAAAAGGAAAAUGAAAGCAAGGGUUUCUUUUCCGCAAUGUCUUCCCGCUUCAGCAACGCUAUCCGAUCUGUUAACGGGCUUCUUGGAUAUGAAGGUGUUGAAGUCAUAAACCCAGAUGGUGGUAAAGAUGAUGUAGAUGAUGAACUUCAGAGAGGAAGAUGGAAACCGGAGGAAAGAGAUGGUUACUGGAAGAUGAUGCAGAAUUAUAUUGGGGCAGAUGUAACAUCACUGGUGACAUUGCCAGUGAUUAUAUUUGAACCAAUGACUAUGCUCCAAAAAAUGGCCGAGUUGAUGGAGUAUUCCCACUUGUUAGAUCAAGCAGAUGAAUCAGAGGAUCCUUACAUGCAGUUGGUAUAUGCAUCAUCAUGGGCUAUAUCUGUGUACUUUGCAUACCAACGAACCUGGAAGCCUUUUAAUCCUAUCCUUGGAGAGACUUAUGAAUUGACCAACCAUAAUGGAAUUACAUUUCUUGCGGAACAGGUUAGUCAUCAUCCCCCAAUGAGUGCUGGGCAUGCUGAGAAUGAACAUUUUACAUAUGACGUGACUUCCAAGUUAAAAACUAAGUUUUUGGGGAAUUCUGUUGAUGUGUACCCUGUUGGAAGAACGCGUGUGACCCUUAAGAAGCACGGUGUAGUCUUAGAUUUGGUGCCACCUCCUACAAAGGUUAAUAACCUGAUUUUUGGCCGGACUUGGAUUGAUUCACCUGGGGAAAUGAUAAUGACAAAUUUGACAACUGGAGACAAAGCCGUACUUUACUUUCAACAAUGUGGAUGGUUUGGUGCUGGUCGCUAUGAAGUGGAUGGUUAUGUUUAUAAUUCUUCUGAAGAACCCAAAAUUUUGAUGACUGGGAAGUGGAAUCAGUCAAUGAAUUAUCAACCUUGUGAUUCUGAAGGAGAGCCUCUUCCAAACACAGAAUUGAAAGAGGUUUGGCAUGUUGCUGAUGUUCCACCAAAUGAUAAAUUCCAGUAUACACAUUUUGCUCAUAAAUUAAACAGCUUUGACACUGCUCCCAGAAAGUUGUUGGCAUCAGACUCACGUCUACGUCCAGAUAGAUAUGCACUUGAGUUGGGUGAUCUGUCAAAAUCCGGGACAGAAAAGAGCAGUUUGGAGGAGAGGCAGCGUGCUGAAAAGAGAGCUCGGGAAGAAAAAGGGCAUAAAUUCACACCAAGAUGGUUUGAGUUAACUGAAGAAGUGACAGCGACUCCUUGGGGUGAUUUGGAAAUCUACCAAUAUAAUGGUAAAUACUCGGAACAUCGAGCUGCUGCAGAUAACUCUGGCAGUAUUGAUGAUGUUGAUGUUAAAUCAAUUGAAUUCAAUCCAUGGCAGUUUGCUGACUUGGCCACGGAAUGAAGUAGUUUCAAUGUGCUUUUGUUUUUAGAUGAUGCAGUUAACUUUUUACUGAUGCAUUGGAAGAAAUCUAACUUUUUAUUUUGUGUUGGCUUGUGUACAUUGUAUCUACAAUUCUCUUUCUGCCUAUCUUAGUAUUUUGAUUGUGAUAUGGAAUAUGUUGCAUUGCUGGUGCCUGUACUGGUUACCUUGAAAUUGUAUAUAUCCUAUGCUGUUUUCAACAAUUGAAACAUUCAUUGGUUGUUUUUACAUUUGAA